UUCUCAAUUCCCAGAUUUAUUCCCAUUUAUUGAUUCUCUAUCUUCUAUGGCUUGUUUGGAUUUCAAUUUCGUUGUCCCUUCUAAAAGUUCCCAAUUCUCCCCUUGAUUGGUUCGGUGGUUGCACAGUUCUUCCAGGAGGAUAGAUUAUAAAUUUCUUAGAAUUUUAUAGGUUUGUUGGUAUAAUUAGGAAAUUUGAUGAAUGUAGGGCUAAGAUGGAAGUUUUCAUACCUGCCUCGGUUAUAAAUGCUACUCAAAUCGUGAAGCUAUUCCCAAAUGGAUGCCAUUCAUUUCAUAUGUGUAGAUUUUCGCAGUGUCUUAGUCCUGCUGGGGAGUACAAUCUUCAAAUUGGAAUUAUUAAAGGAACUGCAUCCUGACAUGGUUGCUACUUAUUCAAGCAGUGCUCAUGUUUUUUUGGGACAUCCAUUCAUUGUUGAAGCUAGUGUUAGUAUUGGAAGAAAAGAUGUGAAACAGGAGACUGCAGUAGUAAAGACAGCAGGCAAAGCAUGACACCAGACAAUGAUUUCAAAUAUUGAUUACACUGAGUUUGAGAACUUCUCUAAGUGGCUUAUUGUCUCUCAUUGGCUUCCUUCCUCUUUGACAUUUUCAUAGAAUUAUAUGGAAGCAUGUUAUUGUAUUUUGGGUAACUUUGGUGGUACAGUUAUUGUUGUCUAUAUUAUAUUUUAGGUUUGAGUUCUGUGUAUUUAUAGGUGGAAGAGAAAUAUUUUUGGCUUGACGUAGAACAAUAAAUAUGCCUACAU